AUGGUGCACCAAGACGACACCUCCAUCUCUGAUGAGGCCAUAAAUCUUCUCUCCCUUGAUGGCGGGGGCGUCAGGGGGGUAUCGUCCCUCGUCAUCCUCGACGAGAUCAUGACCAAGAUAAGGGACAUGUACGGCCUUGCCGAGGUUCCUAAGCCCUGCGAGUUCUUCCACAUGAUGGCUGGGACCAGCACCGGAGGGCUCAUCGCGAUUAUGCUGGGGAGGCUGCGGAUGUCGACCAAAGAGGCGUUGCAAGCGUACGAUGAGUGUGCGGGCAAGAUCUUCUCAUUUGACAACCGGAAGUCGUGGAGCCUCACGGAGAGGUUUCGCGCCACUGCGCUUCGGCAAGUCGUCGAGCGGCUCGUCAAAGACCGGGGCCUGGGCGAGGACAUGUACCCGAGCGUUCCAGAGGAAAAGGGGAAGGUGCUCGUAUGUGUCAUGCCUUCUGACAGCAUUGGAGAACCUCGGCUGGUACGCUCCUUUCCUAAGGAUACCGGUGGUGCUGGCAUGUGGGACGUGACGAAUUUCAAGAUCUGGGAAGCUGCGAGGGCCACUACUGCGGCGUCCUCCUACUUCAAGCCCCAGAGACUGGCGAGCCCCACGGAAGAGCUGAUGUGCAUCGACGCGGCCAUUGGCGUGAACAACCCGGUGGAAUAUCUCCUACAGGAAGCUGUCGACGAGUUCGGGUCCGGCAGACGGCUCGGCUGUGUGGUGAGCAUCGGUACCGGCACCCGAGGAGUAAGGCUGGAGGCAGCACUGAGCGGCCUGCGCUAUUACAUUGGCCUUGUCAAAACCCUAAAGAACACGGCUACGGACGGCGAGGAAACACACCGACGGCUACAGUCCAGACUACACCCCUUUCCCGGCUCGUACUAUCGCUUCAACGUUCCCGAGGCGGCGGAGCAGGUCAAAUUGCGCCACUACCAAAAGAUACCGGUGCUCAAAUCUUUGACGGCAAGGUACCUCGCCGGGCGAGAGAUCGCGGCGCAAGUAUCUCAGAUUGCCGAAGCAUUGCAAACCGAUGCCUUCGGCCACGGUCUUACCCUUGGCCACGUUUUUGGCCUCGACAGGGAACAGGUGGUUCUCUCGAAAGGGAGGACCCGAUCUAUGGGUGCCGCGAGCCGCUUCUUCACCGGGAGGCAAGACGUGCUUGAGAGACUCGAUGCCUACUUCUGUGCGCGCAGCACGGGAGGCAGGCCCCGACGGGAGUUUCUACUGCACGGUAUGGCUGGCGUUGGCAAGAGCGAGAUUGCGUUCAAGUUCUUAGAGAUGUUCGAAGACAGGCUCUACUUCUUCUACAUUGACGGAUCAAAGCCGGUCACAAUCUCCCAAAGCUACGCCGAGAUUGCGAAACGGCAUGGCUUGGCAGCAGCCAAGACUGUCGAAGCGAUGAAGAGCGUUGCGAUGCAGUGGAUGGAGGAUUUGACGGACGAGUGGCUUAUGAUCUUCGACGACUGCAACGUACACGACCGGCGAAGCCAACUUCCGGCCCGAGGAAAGGGAAACGUCAUUUAUACGUCUCAAUCGACAGCACUCAGGCGCGACCUUCCCCAGGACUGUGUUUUUGAAGUCACCCCGCUCGGCGAAGCUGAUGCGGUGGCCCUCCUUUUGAAAGCUUCCGGCUGCGGAGGCACAUCCCCUGAUCCCGGCGACGUGGACGCAGCCCAAGCCAUCGUCCGGGAGCUGGGUUUUCUGCCCCUGGCCAUCGACAAAGCAGCAGCCUCGAUUCGGGAUUCGGAAUGGACACUGCGUACAUAUCUUGAGGAAUUCCGCGCUCGGAAGGUUGGCAUUCUCUCGGACCCCCACUUCGGAGACAGACGUGUUGAAAACCCGACAGUGUACGCCACCCUAGAGCUCGCCGCCGACACCAUCAAGGCUCGCAGGCGCCGCGAGGGGAGAUUCGGCACAACCGGCGCCGGGCGUGCCGCUACUCUGGCUCUGAAAAUGCUGGGCGUGUUAUCUUUCUAUCACCAUGAAGCGAUCCCGGCUAGGGAGAUCUGGAAACGCGCGGCUGAGAAUCGGAAGGGCGCGGGCGCCGACGUUCUGUAUCCUCUGUGGAAGCUUAUCCGCAUGGGUACCCCAGAUCCGGAUUUUGAUAUUCUGCUGGCUACUGAGGAUAACGGGGAAUGGAAUUCCGCUCCCUUCGACUUCGGAUUGAAGCUUCUGUCGACCUUCUCCCUCAUUAAGCAGAAGCGGAGCGGAAGACACGUAUCGAUGCAUGUCUUGGUUCAUCGCUGGGCGCGGCACAGGAUGAAGAGAGAGGAAUACUUGCGAUAUAGCCUCGUAGCCAGAGUCAUGGCCACCGAAGCCCUCGGAUUGCCGUCUGACGCAUAUGUCGAUAUCUACCGCAGUCGCGUUCUGGCACCGCAUAUCGAAGCGUGUUGCGCACACCAGUCCAUCCCCCUGAUUGACCGCUACGAAGGCCGGCUGAUGUUUCAGCUUGGUUGGCACUAUCACGAGGAGAAGAAAUUCACCGAGGCCGAGGAGGCGUUCCUGAAGAGUCUGCAGCUCUACAGGACAGAAUUCGGCCAUUAUGCCUGUAACACCAUCGAGACACUGCGACGCCUAGGUUUGCUCUACCACGAGAUGGGACACCUUGACGAGGCGGAGCUUGCCUUGUUGGAGGUCAUUGAGAGGCUCCGCGGGAAGAUGGAUGACAUGGAUGCUGCCAAGUCCGAGAAGCAGGCUGAAGAAGAGUCGAAGCGCCGGAAGGGCGGGCUUAAACUCGUUACAGACAUUGCAUCCAAGCGUCCAUCAGUGAGUUCCUUCGCUCGCUUCCGUGGAAGAAACCGGAAGGAUCCGGUCGGGAACGGAGGCGCGGCCAAGCCUUGUGAAAGUCGCGAGCCGGCCGAGGGAACAGAGCCUCCAUAUGACCGGGAUGAAUACCUCAAAUGGAACACUGAGUACAACCUCGCCCACGCCGAUCUUGGUAGGGUAUACAUGGACCAAGACAGGUAUGGGGCGGGCCUACGAAUGCUUCAGGACGCUCUCAAGUUCCUCCAACGAGACGGCUAUCUAUCACCAAACGACGUGGAACUCGUGCGGCUCGAGCACGAGGUGAAAUCCUUGACCGAACCUGGAAACUUCGAAUACUGGCACAAACCCAGCGGGCCCCUUCCUGGCCUCCAAGCAUCCCCAGGGGAGCCUAUUCCGGAGGCGUUUUGGCAGAACGAGAUCGUAAUGCGCUGUUGUAUUGCUCAAGCUAACUGUCUUCUGAAGAACGGCAUGUGGCGCAAUGCGCUUCUACUCUAUCGCGAGUGCCUCGAAUGGUUCGAAGACUAUUACGGUGACUGCGACCGACAUUGCCUGGAGAUACGACGCCGCAUGGUCGAUUGCAUGGUCGAGGGAGACGAUUGCGACUCCGCUAUCUCGGCCGCCAGGGAUUGCGUGCGCCGGGCACGGCUCAGCGCGGCCGGGGAAUGGAAUCGCGAAGUGGAAAUGGCCUGGGUCAAGCUCAGGGCCCGGAUAGAGCGUACGAAGGCGAAGUUCGGACCUAAUCACUUGUGUGUCAGACGCUGGGCGCGCUUCAUUAGGGACUCCCCUCCCAAGACUCCGGAGGAGUACCGCAAGAGAGUACGUGCAUGUUUUGGACCCCACAGUUCACUUGUAUGCGAGGAGCGGGCCCCCCAUGAUCUGGACAUGAAAUGCGGCGGGGAAGUCGGCACUUCAGGUGCCCGUGACGGCCGGUCUCUUGUCCACGUUCUUUGUAGCUGCGGUGAAGCAGCCCAUGCUGAAGGAUCGCAGCAGGCUGAGAAGGUGGUGAGCGAGAGCCUUUCGUGUGGCAGCAGUCAAGACCUCGAUGCUGGGAAAGUGGGGGCUAGUGUGGUGGAACCGCUGGGGCCCGAAGAGCCAGACAUGACGGCUGCUGCCGCGUGGCUUGGGUUGGCGGAUGUGCCCGAGCCCAUCAGGAAGUGGUACGAGCUCAAGAAUAAGCCAGUGUAUCGGUGUGGCAUGUACUACCCAUUUAUACCAGAACCAGAGGUGGAGGCUGUCGCGUGCCUCCCCGUUCCAGAAAUCAUAAUCUGGGAGGCAAAGCCGUGA